AAAAAAAAGAGGCACAGAGUGGAAUAAUUAGAUUUUUUUGUUGUUGAAUAUUGGGGUUCAGCCUUGUGCAUUCUUGCAUUAAUAACCACGGAUUAUGAAUGAAUGACUUUCUGACUCCUCCCCUUGACUGCAGCUGCAUACGUCUGUUAACACUCAAGAAUGAAAAACUUGUGGCUUCACCUGAAACCGAAAAACAUCAUCGUUUCUAUUUUAGCACUGGUACUUCUAAGUUGUUCUUUCACAUUUUUAACUGUAAAUGAAAGAGGAAGACAGAAAACGAGAGUGUUUGAGAGGCCACGUCUGACAGUACAAUAUAAAAUUAAUUGCACAGCCAUAUAUGAAAUGGAGCCAGUGGAAGUGGGCAAAACUUUAGCCAUUCGCAAUCACAAAAACUAUGCAGGGCCACCCGAUGAGGCUAUUGUGAAUUCUACCUCUGAUUGUGAUGAAUUUGUGUCACAAGGUUAUGAUGCAAUUCAAGGCACUGAGUUUGAGCGUGAAUUUCCCCUUGCUUAUUCUUUGGUUGUUCAUCAGGAUGCUGCUCUUGUGGAGAGGUUGCUGAGGGCCGUUUAUAUGCCUCAUAACAUAUACUGCAUACAUUAUGAUCUGAAGUCCUCAGAUGACUUUAUUUUAGCAAUGAAAGGUCUGGCUCGCUGCAUCCCCAACGUCUUCAUUGCCUCAAAGCUGGAGAGGGUGCAGUACGCAGGCUUCUCACGACUCAAAGCGGAUCUUAAUUGCCUGUCUGACCUCCUAGAUUCUGAGGUCAAGUGGAAGUAUGUCAUCAACCUGUGUGGUCAGGACUUUCCACUGCGGACAAACGCUGAGCUGGUGUCGGAUCUAAAAGAGCUGAAAGGCAAGAACAUGGUGGAGAGCAAGUGGCCUGGAGGAAAGCAAUGGCGCUGGACUUAUCAUCAUUUACUGAAAGAUAGUAAUUCAGAGUUUUACAGCUCACCUGUCAUCACUUCUGAAAUGAAAUCUCCACCUCCUCACAACAUAGCCAUGUUUGUGGGCAGUGCAUAUUUCACACUUUCAAGAGAAUUUGUUGUUUUUGUGAACCAGAGUUCCAUAGCCAGUGAUUUCUUGGCUUGGUCUGAGGAUACAUACUCACCUGAUGAACAUUUCUGGGCGACUAUGAUUCGUGUGUCUGGAGUACCAGGGGAAGUGCCAAGUUCUGACCCUGAAAUCUCAGAACUAGUAAGUAAAACCCGUCUGGCGAAGUGGUGGUCUUUGGAAGAGAAACUUUACCCACCAUGCACUGGAGUCCGUGUGCGAGAAGUGUGUAUUUAUGGUUCUGCUGAGCUAAGAUGGCUCCUAAACUAUGGUCACUGGUUUGCUAAUAAAGUGGAUCCAAAAGUGGAUCCUGUUCUUAUAGAAUGUUUAGAAGAAAAACUUGCAGAAAAACGUGUGCAGAGAGAAGUAUAAGUAAUGCAUUCUCAUUCUGGAGAUCAAUACUGGACGUCAGGUUGUGUGAUGUAAGUUAUUCUCUGACGCCACCUGCUGUGUACAAAAGAAUGGAGCAUGCGUUGGUUCAUCAAUGAAAUAUUGCACUGUUUACCAUAUUACCUGUGCAAAAUAGCUACAAAUUCAAAUAAUCGCUUUAAGUAAAAAAUGUUUUUUUUUUUAAAUCUAAAUAAUACCUUCUCCUAAAUCUUGUGUCCGUUGCAAAUCAAGCUCCAAUUUUAAGAUUAUUUAUUUGUAUGUUUGAAAGAGACCUUGUAAAUUAUUUAAAAAUAUUAUUAUUAUU